UCGUUUCGUGUGUUGUCUAUCAUCACUUAAAGCUUUCAGAAAGUUUCCUCGUAAUUAGUGUCAAAUAAGAUCUUUAGGAAUGAUGAGAAGAUUCGUAAAGUGGAAGGAUUAUAAUUUUUUCAAAACAAAGUUUAAUUUAUUUUUUACAUAGAAUUUUAGAACAUCGUACCAUAUAAAAGGAAAAGAUGAAUCAUCCAUACAGAGAUAAUAUGAAUGCAAUGAGGCCUCAAACAUCCAUGUACAGUAGUCAGCAAAGAUUGAUGCACCAAAACAAGCCUUAUUAUCCUCCUAAUUCUCAGCCAUGGCUUUCUAACCAAGAAUUUAUGACUUAUGGAAAUAGGACUUCUCAAGUAAACCAGCCGUAUCUUAUGCAAAAUAGUUCAUAUCAAAAUUAUAACAUGCCUCCGUCACAGAUGCCUUUAAAAGAUAUGAUUAGUCAAAAUCCAUUGCAGCAGAUGAAUCGAAAAUUUGGUAGUUCUGUCAACCAAGAUUUAAUUAAGGACCUUGAGCAAUUAGUUUCAGAUCAAAGAUACCAACCUAAUAACUUUCAUUCAGCUCCAAUGAAAGAAAUUCAUUCAACGGAGAGGAAAAUGUUGAGACCUUCUUACGGUGAAAUUGCAUCAAGCAGCUAUCCCAUCCCUAAAUCCCUUAAUGAGCAUGAUAUAUUAAAUCAACUUAAGACUUCAUCAGCUGUAAACUCUUGUUCUCAAAUAAAAGAACAACAUUCUUCUUUUCAAAAUGAUAUGAAAUCUAGUUAUGGACAGCCAGAUAAUUUUGGGAAUGUCGGCCAUUCAUCUGGCAUUAACCAGCAACUUCGGCUUCAGAAUAAUUUAAUCUAUGAAAAACCUAAUUCUUUUGCAUCGCCAAAUAAAUAUUCUCAAUCAAAGAAUGCAUAUUUUGAUCAAAAAAAUUCCUCCAUUUAUCAAAACCAAGACAAUUUGUACGGUGACCUACCAAGUCCUGUAUCUGUAAAACCUCUGCCUUUAAAUGAAAUUACCUCUGAAAAAACUUCACAUUUGUUUGAAACUCAGAAAAGUUACCCUUCUAAAGAAAAUAUUUCAUCUCAGAGUGUAUCUAACCAAAAUAUGUGUGAUUUAUUUCCAAUUAGCAUGCCAUGCACUGCUCCAUUUCAAACAGGUAUGACAACUUGUUCUCCUGUAUCUACGUUGCAAAGUACUUUGAGUUCGUGUGCUUUUAGCAAUGUUUCAUCGAUUGCACCUGUAAAUACUAAACAAACUUAUAGUUUUACAUCUGAUGAAACUAGCUGCAAUGCAAGUGGAUUGUCCACUACAUUCAAAACAGAUUUUUCCAAAGCAGAGACAAGCGUUUCUUAUUCUGAUGUUCACUUUUCGGAACAUUCUUUCAGUAAAAAUCUUAAUACUGAACCCUGUUAUUCUUCACAAAUGUUUUCUACGUCUGAUAUUGACCAGAAUACUAUAACAACGUCCAGUGGUGUUUAUUCAGUUCCUGGUUUAAGUCCCUGUAUAGAUGCUGAUUUGAACAAAGACUCAAUUGAAAACAAAAUAUCUGACAAUGCAUUUGAAGACAGUGAGUGGUUGAAAACUCAUGAUAUUCCAUUUAUUGCGGAGAAAGAUGAGUCUCAGAAAGAAGCUGCCCAAACGGAUGGCUUAAGUGAUCUCCUGUCAGAACUUUCCAAUGACCAAAAAUCAUUAGAAGAGCUAUCUGAUAGUGUGCUAAAUCCAAUUUCACAGGAAUCUAACUCACAGAAGUCAACAUCAAAUGUCUCAUCUACUUUAGCAGAUGCAAAGGAAAAAAAUGAGAAAUUAGUCACAGACUCUUCUAAAGUUUCAUCAACUCUUGAAGAUGCAUUAGAUACUCUUCAAAUCACUGAACCUGUUGUUGGUUUAGAACACAUUAUUGAGUAUAAGAAGUGUCUUUCACAACUGGGUAGUUUUCCUUUUCGAUGCAAAGUGUGCAAUUCAUCUAUAACAAGACCAAAAAUAAUAGAUCAUAUUCUAGGAGCUAAGCAUAGACUUCGAUACUUGAAAAUUAAAGAUGAGAAGAAGUAUGAAUCAAUAAUAUCUCUUAAAGAAGAGCAGUCUGUCAAGGAGUCUAAAAUAGCUUUGUUGGCAGCUGAGUUGGAGCUUCUGCAUGGAAGAGGCUUUGUUACUGUAGUUGUUGAAAAUCCAGAUACUGAAAAAGUUAGUACUGAAAAUUCAUCUGAUAGGAAUGAAGCACCAGUUUAUAUACCUAUUGGUUUUGAGGCUUUAUCGCCAAGUCAUGAGAUGGAUACAUCAAGCUUCGCGUUGGAACCACAGCCGAAAGAAACAAAGCCUUUGAUCGAGAAAAAUGCUUCUUCUAUGUGUAACAAACAGGAUGAUGGUGCUGCAGAAACAUCUAAGAAUGCACCAUUGUAUGUUUCUCCAGUACCUGAUAGCAUAGUGCCUUAUUUAGAUGACAGUUCAAAUGACUCAAGCUCAAAUGUCUAUGCUAAAGUUUCUAGUGCAGGGGACUUCUUGGAAAAAGAACGUAGAAAUAAAAUUUCUAGUCCAGUAUUUAUGACCCCUUCAGUUGAUAAACACCAGAAUAUGGAACAUGAAAAGGAUGUUGCAAAUGAAUCCUCAACUAAACGAUCUUUUUCAAGUUUUCAAUCUUUUGAUGAUGGGUUUCAAAAAAUUAUAAAACAGCUCUCGGAUAAAGAUGUACAUUCAAGUACACUUAAAAAAUCUCCAACCAAGAUGGAAAGUGAUGAAGUUAUAGAGAAAUGUAAAGACGAAGUACUCAGUGAAAAAGGCAGUGUCAAAAUUAAUGAUAUCAUAUCUGAAGAUGAUGUUUCUAAACACGAGCUGUUUAAUCCACUUAUGCUAGAGAAUUUGUCAAAAUGUGUGAUAUCAACUGAUGAAGAAGCUGCUGUAGCUUUGGAGACUAUCAACAUCUUAAUGAAACUGCUACUUCGGUAUAAGUUACAACCUAUUCCCAUAGAUUCUUUAGAGAAUCUGAUGAAAUCGCUUUCAACUGGAUCUUCAGUUGAAAUGGAUGGUAUUUUGACCAUGUUAAAGAAAGGAAAACCUGUUCCUCUUUUAAAGAAUGAAGUUAAAGAAGAAGAUUCCUCAACAACUUCAAAAGUUACUUCAGAACAAGCUCAUGACUUGAAAGAAAGUUUAAGUCAUGAAAAGGCAAGUAUACCUGUUAAUGCAUCUGACGUUGAUGUGAGUAAUAAUGACUACACAGCAUCAGUAACACAUCCAAGUAACUCAAAACUUGCUGGUGUCCCACCUAUUAUUGAACAGAGCUGUUUGCCAGUUUCAUCUGCAUCAACUGUUGCUAAUAUGUCAGUCUGUAGUUACUCAAAUUCUGGCAGUCAACCAUCUGGUCCGGUUACUAGUACAAAUGUACCAUUUUCAAAUCUUUCAACAGCACAGGCACCUAAUUUUCAUUUCGAUCCUGCUGUUGCUGCAGGCCUCAAACCACCUCCUUUUUUUUGUUGGCCUCAGAAUACAGAUGCACCUUCACAAAUCAAGCAACCUGCUGCGGCCAUUGACAACCAGAAUAGUAUGAUGUGGAGCAGUGUUCCUUUCCAAGGAGCUCAAGCUCAGUAUUCCUACUAUCAGGCAUCCAAUUAUAACAACAUGAUGUACAGUAAUCAUUACGGACAACAGUAUGCUCAGCCGGUUCAAUUACCCCCUAAACCAAUGCACCUCCAAGUACCUGUUGUUCCUCCUCCUCCACCACCCCUGCCUCCUUUGCCAUGUGAUCCUCCAUUGCCACCUAUCCAAAAAGAAAUGUCUGUUGGUGGUGCUGCUCCUCCCCUACCUCCACCACUACCACCCCUAAAUCCUCCUCCAACUCAACCUUUGCCCCCUUUGCCUCAGUUUCGAUAGGCUUUAUUUGUAGCUGACGUAUUUUAAUUUUUGACAUACCAUAAGCGCUAUCUUGCUGCAAUACAUAAAUAUCUUGUUUUGGGAAACAAUUCAAAGAAUGAAAAUUCAUUUUAGUUUUUUAUGGGAUGAUCUAAGUUUACUAGAAAUUUUGUCUUGUUGAUUUAUUCUAUUUUCCACAUGUUUAAAGUUUGAGAGUGAGCAUGUUGACACACUUCAUUAGCAGUACAUGCCAUAGGCAUGCGCACAGGAGUCACCAGGGGUACUAUGGUACCCCCAUUAAAACAUAAAAAUGAAAGUUCAUACAAAAGUGGCUAAAAUUUUACAUGUUUAGGUUCAUUAAUUUCACACCUGAUACACUUUAAAAACGCUUUUUUACUCACAAUAUUUGAAAAUUUUCCUUAAGCGAGCAAGUAUGGGAGUCUUUCCAAGCGCAAUUUCAACCUGCUGGUGCAGCAGUACCCAUAUUUCUGAAGCCCAGUGCACACCUAUGAUACAUGCUACUUCAGAACAUAUUGCGCUUUAUUUAUUGGACAUUAAUAAUAAAUGAUGCAAACUGUGAGAUUAAGUUAUUAUAUAAGGUAUAGUGGGAGAAUUAGCUGUUGUGACUUUGUUUUCCUCAGUUUUGAAGAAAAUAUGCAUUCACAUAUUAAGUUAGACUUUUUGAAUGGUUUUAUUUAUGUAUCUCUCUCUCUAAUGGUAGGUUUACUAAAGAUUAAGUUCUUUAGUAACAAUUUCAUUAAACAACAGUUUGUAAAAAAGGGCUGUGCAAUCGGAACUUGCAAAAAAAAAAAAAAAUAUAUAGAAAAUGGAAGAAACUCAAACGAAAUCUAUUGCUGUAGGGUUUAGAAUAUUAUAAUAAAAAUGCUUUACACACCAUAAAAAUUACUGUUAGCACCUUACAAAAAUAACUUUCAUAUCUUUCUGCAAACUAAUAAUACAGUCCAUUAUUUUGAAAAUAUAUUUGCUUUUCAUUAUAAGUCUUUAACAACCAGGCCCAUCAUUUCGGGGAGGGGAGGGUCAGGAGGGGGCAAUUGACCCUCCUUCAUUUUACGAAAUCAAUGUGUUUUUAGAUAUGUGGGCAUGAAUUUUUGGUUUUCAAAAUAAAAUGCAUUGGAUAAUACCUUUGGACCCCCUGGAAAAUUUUGAAGUGACUGGUCUGUCAACAGCCUUUAUUUUUAUAACCCCUAUUUCCUUUUCCUUGUUUCUGAAUAGCAACUUAAAAAAAUUAAAGUAAUUACUGGUUACGUUAAAAAUAAUAUUUUCAAUACAUUUCAUCGGAAAAAUAUUCUCACACAGAUUUUUGUAGGCUGUUUAGUUUUAAAAGCCAGGAGCCAUUCUGUAACUAUGUGAGGGUCCCAAGGAGGAUGGGGUGGAAAAAUCUCUACAUGCCCUUACUUUGGGAGGGGGGGGGGGGUAAAACCCAUUCUUAUAUACCAUUUUCUGAGUCAAUAUUUUAUAUUAGAAAUAAUGUGGUCAAUAGGUUUGGCAGGGAUCAUAUUUCAUUUGCAUCUGAAAGAUAAAAAGCGUAUUAGACUGGGCUGUUAUUUACUUGUCUUGCAAACAAUUGAAUAGUGUUUAAUAUAACAAAAGAAUCGCACUAUGUAUGGCAUGUUUUAUUUUUAGUUAAAAUCACAUCAUAUAAAAAAAUUGUUGAAAACCCAUUCAGUCUAGAUUCUAACUUUUUAGUUUUCACAAAAAGAUUUUUAAAAAUAAUUUCUUAAUAGUGAAUUUAAUAAAGAUUCCGUAGUCGUAUACGUUAUACAAAUAACUGUGUUGAGAUGUUUGUCUAGGUUACGCACGGCGUAUUUAAUUACGCUGCAAGUAACGGUACUUAAAGUAUUUAGGUAACACAGACCAACCACGUCAUCAGCAACAGCAAUAGAACAAUAUAACUUAUCUACUGAAAAAUAAAAAUCUUCGAUUUACAUCAAAUGGAGAACUUUUAGUGUUGUUACUGAACUUUUUUCAACAACAUUACAUUAUUUUGAAAAACAAAGUGGAAUCUUAUGUAAAAAUAGAGGGGGGGGGGGUGAAAAAUCUUAUGUACCCUUAUAUGGGAUGGAGGAGGGGGGAAGUCAAAAAUUGCCAAAAUCAUUCUUACAUAAUUAAUGGAUUGUCCUUAAUUGCUUUUUCAGCUUUUGUUUAACAUCAUAGGAAGUUAAAGCAUAAUCAUUUAAAACUCUUUUUUCCACAAUUACAAUUUCAAAAAUGCAUUCCAAUCGUAAAAUCCCUGUGAAUGAAAUAAGGGUUUGUAAAAAUUCAGGAAUUUGACAGCAUGAGUCUUAAUUCAUUUCAAAUUCUUCUCAUAUAUUUAUCCAAAAUUAUUCGCAUAAUAGAAUAAUUGUCACUCACGUGUCUUCAUUUUACUUUAAAAGCAUUUUAUUUAUUUUAAAACAAAUUAAGUUAAAACAUGGACAAGGAAAACAAAACCCUAGCUGGAUACAUUCUCAAACACGUUCAAUAAAUGAAAAAUAAAGAUUACUACUUAAGAGUUGUUCAUUUGCAUUUUAAUAAAUUGGGAUUGAUAUUCUCAUAUCCCUGUGCUGUACCCGAAGGAUUGUACGUGAAGACUGUUGGAAACAACUGGAGUUUCUUCAGAAUUGACAUUUACAUAGUUUAGCAGCUGAUUGUCUCUGUAUGUUAAUCUCGAAAUAAUGUUUUGUUCCUUUUAUUAAAAAAAAAAGUGACAGCAUUGUUACACAUUAUUUGAUGCAGUGGAAAGGUAAGGGAUGUAAGUGGACAGUUUCAAGUUUUGAGUAAAACACGUUUAAAGGUAACGUCCUAGGUAGGCUUUCAUUGAUUUUUUUUCUAAAUCAUGCUAUACAGCAGAAUCUACCAGGAUUACUAGUACUAUCUUGCCCCAAGACAGAAGAGAGGUCCUUCUACUAUUUGUACUGGUUGUCUCCAAAAUUUUAAUUUUAUCCCUUACAUUCCUUUGCUUCUCACUGCCUCAUUUAUCCUUCAUUGUUUUGGAUUUGUAUGAAAUGAAAUAUUUUACUUAUAUUGUUUGCAUGUAUUCUUUUAGAAUUGAUGGUUUAUAUGUAUAUAUCUCAUAUUCAAAUAAAAUAUUGUGUUUUUCAAAUCUUUGUGUAAUGUUUGUGUUAAUAUUUCUAUGUAUUUGUUAUUAAUAAAAAUAAAGAAAAAGGAAAACAAGCCUUUGCUUGUUUACAUUUUAUUUUGCAUACAAGAAUAAUUUAAAUCUUGUUUUCAUUUGUUAAAUCUUUUAUCCACUAUGUAUC